AAAAGAAAACAAACAAGCAUUUUUAAUAAAAUUCAUAAAAAUUUAAUAAUUCCAUUUUAUUAUUAUUAAAAUGGCAAAUGAUCGUGAAGUUUUACGUAUUGUUUGGGAAGGACAGAUUCCAGUUUGUUUUCAAGCUGAUUCUGAUGAAAUAGCUGGACUACAACAGCCCAAUCAAUUCUAUUUAAUGGUUUCUCGAUUGAGUUACCUUCCUCUAGUUACGGAUAAAGUGAAAAAAUAUUUUAAUAGAUAUAUUGCUAAUGACCAACAAGAUGGUAACGUUUGGUUUGAUUAUAAUGGAAUUCCCUUAAAGUUGCACUAUCCAAUUGGAGUAUUAUUUGAUUUGUAUCACUCCGAGGAAGAUGAUCUUCCAUGGAAUUUGACAAUUCAUUUUUCCAAAUUUCCUGAAGAUGUUCUAGUCAAAUUUGCAACAAAAGACAUCUUAGAAGCGCAUUUUAUGUCUUGUUUAAAAGAAGCAGAUGUUCUCAAACAUCGGGGACAAGUUAUUUCGGCAAUGCAGAAAAAAGAUCAUAAUCAAUUGUGGUUGGGUUUGGUUAAUGAUAAGUUUGAUCAGUUUUGGGCUGUUAAUAGGCGACUAAUGGAACCAACUGGAGAUCAUGAAUCAUUUAAGAACAUUCCUGUUAGAUUUUAUAAUGAGGAUGGGACAUACCUACAAAAAUUAAUAGCCCCGCUCAACGAAUCUGGGCAAAAAAGGACAAUUCAAGAUCUUCUAACCGAAUUUUCAACACCUGUUCGACACGCCGUUGGUAUUCGCACUCAUGGCAUCGAUAUUCACGUCGAUACACCUUUACAAUGGAUGUCCGAACACCUGAGUUAUCCUGACAACUUCCUUCAUCUUUUCAUAAACUAUGAAAAUGCCUAACGUUGUUGUUUGUAACCUGCGCAUUGGCAAUGACUUAUUUUUUUUUUUAAAUUCUUAUCAUGAAUUUGAUCUGGGAUGCUUCUUAUACUCAUUAUUAUUUGUGUUUCCUUUAUUGCAUUAAAUUUAUUAAUAUAUUCAGCUUUGUUGUCAGCACAACUGUAUUUCUAUAAUAAUGUAAUAAUAUAAUAUUUAAAACAUUGUCAUAUUUUACGUCAAACAAAAAAGUAUAUAAAUAAA